AUGAAAUAUAUAACUUUGCAAGCAGGUACAAGUCAGCUUACAUUUGUGAAGACAAUUAUUCAAAUGGAGGGGACAAAAGGAAACUUAACAUUCAAAGGUGUUGCUGAGAGACUCACGCUUGGCAUCACUCGAAUCCUCGAGAACAUGCCCGGUGUGGUCGAUGUGCGUUUUGUAGAGAGGGAACCUGCAGAGAAGAGGAGCCUUCUGUCAUGGGAACAGAAAAACACUUGUAUUUUACCGGAGGACCUGCGAGAUUUCUAUCUGACAACUGAUGGAUCUACACUCACCUGGAGCGUAAAACUAGACAAUGAAUGUGUCCCUUUGGGAAGCAUGAGGAUUAACAGUGUGGCUAGACUGUGCCCACUCCUCCAACCAGUGUCAUUAUUUUCUUUACCCAAUGCGCCCUCGCUGGCUGACCUGGACUGGGAGGAGGACAACACAGAAAGCGGGAAUGCUCCCGCUGCACCCCAUUUUGAUUCCCGGAGCCGCAUCUUCGAGAUCGAUUCCUGUGGUGGAAAUGGCAAAGUGUGUCUAGUCUACAAAAGCUGCACACCAGGUGUGGUAGCCCAGCAUAGUGAAAUUUGGUUCCUUGACCGCUCGCUGUGUUGGCAUUUAAUGACCGCAACCUUCACCUCCUACUACCGACUGAUGAUCACUCACUUGGGUCUGCCUGAGUGGCAGUAUGCCUUCACCCCAUAUGGCCCGAGCCCCCAGGCCAAGCAAUGGGCAUCGUUGUACCAGCCCCUGACUUUCACUAAUGAGCUCAAAUUGGCAGAUCCUGCAGGAGAUUCCCAUCUCAACAAGCUGGAUCCUACAAAGGCCUUCAAAGGCAAAGCCAAAGCACCUGUGCCAAAGAAGAAGCAGUCGACACAGUGCAGCUCAGGGAGCACUGCGAAGAGCCACGGCAGCGCAGUAAGACACAGUGGGGGAAGGCGGUGAGAAUGAGUCUAGCCAAGGAAAACAUUCCAAUCAACUGCACUGUCCACACAACCAGCAUCACACGGGGGAACAUCCAGCAAUACCACCAUCAGCUGGUUUUGGUGUGUUAGCUGUGAGAGCAUGUUGUCCAAACUUGAGUCUGGACUGCUGCAUGUAUAGAGCGAUAAAGAAUCAGUGUUUUAUAACAAAAGGCUUCACGUAUGCAAAUCUUUGGUGAUGGAGAGAUGCAAUCGCAUCACCAAAGGUUUCACUUGACACUCUUCCCUAGUGGUACAAAUAAGUAAAAGCAGCCAAUUCCUAAAACAUGAUUGUGUGCUGACGACACAUGUCUAAUAUUCUGAAUACGUAGUAACAGACUACAGAACACAUUUAGCAACAGUGGUAAACAAUAAGAACUCCCUCAUACUUAAAGAGCACUCUUAACAUCUGUAGUCAUUGUCACUAGGUUUGAAUGUUUAAUGUAUCAUACACCAGUAAUCUAUACAUAAUAUAUACUAUUUGUGUAUAUAUAGAAAUAAUAUAUUAAUUUAAAUGUGAAUGUAAAAACUAAAGGAAAUCCUGAGAUAAAAGUAAUACUGGCUCGGUUUCCGCUGUGAAAGUGCUUGUGGGCUGAAGACUUGUACAUUUUGACACUCAAAAUGAAGAGCAGAUCACUUGUUCCACAUGUUCCAGUCGCAAUACUAAGCUUCAGUGGAUACUGCU